AUGCAACAACAAGACUUUAGUUGGAUGGUUCCCAUCGAAGUGAUGUUGGGUUCUUUCAACCACGGAGAAGUUCAGGCCUGCAGCAUCUCUAUCGUUCCGGACGAGAUCCGAGAAGAGAAAGAAAAGUCUUUCAAGCCAAAAUUUGUCUCCAUAGGACCCUUACACAGGGGAACCACAAGGCACCUCCAAUUAAUGGAAGAACCCAAAUGGAGUUACAUGCGCGAGUUUCUCAACCGAACCGGAAACCGAACCGAAAACCGAAGAGCAGAGACACGGCUCAGAGACUGCGGCGCCGACAUUCUCAAAUUAGUUAAAGUAGUUAGCGCAAGCUAUGGCGGUACUGUCCAAUCAGAACCUAACGAGUUGGCUAAAAUAAUGAUAGUAGAUGGUUGCUUUCUGUUGGAGCUUCUAAUCAAGCUCGGCGAUUAUAUAACCCAACAGGGGAACCAAAGUAGUAGUAAUUCCAACGACACCAUUCUAGAAAACAAGGAAAAGGUUGUGUCUGUUUUGAACGAUAUCACAAUGCUUGAGAAUCAAAUACCUUUCAUUGUUCUGAAGAAGUUAUAUAGGAAGGUUUUCCAAGACAACAGUGUCAUCGACAAUGAUCACCGUGUUGCUAACAUUGUGCGCAAAGCCUUUGGCUACCCUGAAGUUGAUAGUUCAGGAGGAGCUCAUGUACUUCACCUAAUGCACUUGUCCACUGUCCAGCAAGACCAACAGCAACAGAGUGAAGUUAAUAAACGUGCAAAGAAAGAACUAAAGCGUUGUGCUGCAAGGCUUAUAGCUGCUGGUGUAACAAUUCAACCUGCCAAGGACGGCUCUCACCAUAACUUAGUCGAUAAGUUCAACUUUAUGAUAAAUUUUAAAAACAGUGCGCUGGAAAUUCCGGAGUUGCGUGUUAAGGAAACAACGGAAGUGAGGUGGAGAAAUUUGAUUGCUUGGGAACAGAGCAAGAUUUGGGUAAGUUGCAAAUACACUUCGUAUGCUUUAUUCUUUCAAGGUUUGAUCUGUUGUAAGCAUGACAUUGAGAUGCUUUUGGAGAAGGAAGUUAUAAUAAAUGAGGCUAAUAAGAGCAAGGAAGAAUUGUUGGAUCUGUUUCGCACAAUGUCCAAGGGAGCUGAGCGAAUGGAUUCGAGUUAUAGUGAAAUUUGCAACAAGUUAAAUGAAUACCGAGGGAGAAAAAUUAAAACGGUGUUGCAAAAGAAGCCUUUAGUCAUUUGGCAUAAGUGUAGACAUGUGUUUGAGAUCAUGUUGUACUACUGGGGGAAUUGGUACAGGAUUUUGAUUCGCGAUCAUAUACCCACCGUGUGGAAAUUUAUAGGAGUGCUCGCAGCUGUUGCGCUUCUUGUUCUCACUAUUAUGCAGACUUAUUAUUCAGCUGAAUCAGCUCACAGCAGUGGCAGUGGCAGUGGCGGUGGCGGUGGCAAAGGCAAAGGCUAG